AUGGCACGACUACGAGAACGUCAGGAUUUAGAAAAGCAGCGUACAGAUGUGGAGUUGGAAAGAAAAUUCUUGCAGGAGCAACGUAAAUUGUUGGAAGCUACGAUUGCAGCUGAAGAGGAGAGAAGAAGCCGAGUUAGUCGUGAGGAUAGUGUGAGGAGAGUCCACGAUUGGAUUGGGAACAGCGCGGAUCCGCGGUCGAGCGCGACAGGAGACAAUCAACUGCCAGCUGCCUCGACGGUCCAGCAGCAUAACCCAAAUUCAAUCCAAGUGUAUUCUGUGAGAUCCGAAGGAGAAAUAAAUGAAGAAUUACCUUCGGGACUACCGUCAGAUUUGGAAAUUCAGCAACACAGUUCUCCCCUUCGUGACCCGACUAUUCCCAUGCUGAAUAUGACUGAUAGUGUAGAUUAUUCGAAUGCACUGAAUGCACUGAAGGCAAUCCAGGCUGAAGGUGACCAUGGAGAGAAGGCCAUGGACAUGGUUCGAGAUCUGCGCGGGAAAUUGGAACGUUGUUUGGCGCAAGCGGAUCCAAUAUCUUCGCAGUCGACCAAUUUGCAACAACAGACGGUAUUAUGCAGAAAGGAGAUGGAAGGAAUACAGUCGACAGCGUGUCGUUCACCGGCGGCGCCAUCAUCGGAUACUCAAAGCAAUGUCACUCGGUGCUAUCCCAAAGCAACAUCCAAAGACGUUAUCUUUUCCACCGCUACAAAUGCCUUCAGUACAGCCGUCUCCACUACAGCACCCCAUAGUGCCUCCUCAUUCGAUAGUGCCGUCUUUGGCGCAGUCAACUUCAACACAACAACCCUCGAUGCACCCGCCUCUGGUGCAGCCAUAACUUUCGAAACAGCCAACACUACAGCAAACAUCGUCGAUGCCGAAUUCAGUGCAACCACCUUCAACAUACCAAUCUUUGGUUCCGUCAUAUUCCAUGUUACCUUCAUCGGUACAAUCUUCAGGAAUCCCGUGCUUGACGCAUCAGCCUCCGGUGCAGCCGUCUUUAGUACAGCCAACAACAGUUCAAUCUUCUUCAAUACAACCGGCAACACAGUCAUCAUUGAUACACCUACCUAUGAUGCAGCAAGUUCCAGUGGAGCCUAUACCGAUCCUGCCUUCAGGACAGCCUACUUUCAUGCAUCAGAUUCCGGUGCAUCAGCAUCAUUUCCAGCCGCGUCAGGGGAAUCCUUCAAUCCAUCAACAGCAGCCACCGUUUGUACAGCAGUCAGCGAUCGGAACGUGUGGAACCAGUUAAGAGUCAAGCCUUUCACGAUGGUAACAAUAAAUACGAUAUCUUUCCGAGUUUGCCUUCCUUCCCGACCCAAUACCCUCAGCAGCCUGGCACGUGAUCUACCAACUUUCUCCGGCAACCCUGCUGAUUGGCCCAUAUUCAUUUCCAACUAUGAAUAUACUACUCGAGCAUGCGGCUACAACGAUGGAGAGAACAUGGUUCGACUUCAACGAAGCUUGAAGGGGCAAGCAUUGGAAAGUGUUCGGAAUCGUCUCGUAUUACCAUCCGCGGUGCCGAAUGUCAUCGAAGCUCUCCGACUGCGGUAUGGUCGUCCGGAACUUCUCAUCAACGCUCUUCUGCAUAAAGUUCGUUCGAUUCCCUCUCCUCGAUCUGACAGGUUGCAAGGUUUGAUUGAGUACGGAUUGGCGGUGCAGGAACUGUGUGACCACAUCGAAGCUGCGGAUCAGCGCGAUCAUCUGGCGAAUCCAACGUUGCUCCAAGAGCUUGUCAACAAAUUACCAUCGGAUCAGAAGAUGAUGUGGGCAGCCUACAAACGAGGACUUAGUGUCGUAAAUUUAAAGACGUUUGCGGAAUACAUGACAGGUGUGGUGCAAGAUGCAACGAGUGUGGUGAACUACGAGCCAGAGCACAGGAAAAGCGGUAGUAGAUCCAGAGAAUAUGUGAACUCCCACGCGACAGAUGUCGCACUACCAUCCACGUUGACAAAAACAACGAAGCCUGGUGACUGUAUCAACUGUAACAAAUCUGGACAUAAGAUGCGAGAGUGUGAUGCUUUCAAAUCGCUCAGUGUAAACGAACGAUGGAAGCGGAUUCGAUCAUUGGAUGUUUGCCAUAUCUGUCUCUUUGCGCAUGGAAAGCGAUCUUGCCGUAGCGACAGCCGUUGCAACGUGAGUGGUUGCCAGUACCGUCACCACUCGCUACUACAUGGAAGGACGCCAGUGCAGUUGAUUCCUCGGGUCGCUGAGAACCAUACGCAUCGCUUUGUCGAUUCCGGUGUCCUCUUCAGAAUCGUUCCUGUCACGCUCUACGGUACCACAGGACGGAUAAACACAUUCGCGUUCCUGGACGAAGGCUCGUCGCUGACGCUCAUCGAAGGUGAAUUAGUGACUCAAUUAGGGAUAAGUGGAAGUUCGCAACCGCUCUGCCUACGAUGGACUGGGAAUACAUCUCGCAUGGAGAAGAACUCUAAAGUGGUUACAGUUGUAAUAUCAGGAAGCUAUCAAGGAGCAGUUCCGAAAAUUCUCAUCGGUCUCGAUAAUUUGCGGUUGGCAUUGCCUCUGAAAAUACGUGAGGGAGAUGGGCCAUCUGCAGUAAAAACACGAUUGGGAUGGUGCGUGUACGGACAACAAGUAGAGCAACUAACGGAAGGUUACAGCUUCCAUGUCUGUAAGUGUGACAGCAGCAGUGAAAUACAGGAAACUUUGAAGCAGUUUUUCGCUGUAGAAGAGACAGGAACUUCGAUUCACGUCGCUCUCAGCAAGGAAGAGGAACGAGCACAACACUUGCUAGAGCAGACAACGAAACGGGUGAAUAACCAUUUUGAAACAGGCCUACUGUGGAAAAAAGACGACAUCCAUCUUCCCGAUAGCUAUCCCAUGGCUGUGCGUAGGCUGCAAUGCCUCGAGCGUAAACUUGACAAGGAUCCUGCUUUGCACGAGAAUUUCCAUCGACAAAUUCAAGAAUACCAAGAUAAAGGUUAUGCUCACCGUGUGACGCCGGAAGAAUUCCAGAAAGCGAAUCCAGCGAGGAUAUGGUUUCUACCCAUGGGUGUUGUGACCAAUCCCAACAAGCCCGGGAAAGUGAGGGUUGUUUGGGAUGGUUCAGCAAAAGUUGGAGGCGUCUCGUUGAACAGUAUGCUGCUAAAAGGUCCGGACCAGCUCACAGCAUUGCCUGCAGUUCUCUAUCGAUUUCGGCAGUUCUGGGUGGCAGUCAAUGCGGAUUUACAGAAGAUCUUCCACCAAAUCUUCAUACGAGCGGCAGACAAGUAUGCACUCUGCUUUUUGUACCGGAAAUAUAAAACACAGCCAUUGGAGGUGUUCGUCAUGGAUGUGGCGACUUUCGGAGCAACUUGUUCUCCUGCGUCGGCACAGUUCGUCAAAAACCUGAACGCAAAAGAACAUGUAGAACAGUUCCCUCGGGCCGUGGAUGGUAUUCUUCGAAGUCACUACGUCGAUGACUACUUGGAUAGCUUCGGUAGUGUCGAGGAAGCGAAGCAGGUAACGGAAGAUGUGAAAAGUGUGCACCGUGAUGGAGGUUUCAAUCUACGCAACUGGAACUCAACUCAAACUGUAAUUCCGCGACAUCUGGGAGAAACUAAAGCAGUUGACAGCAAGAACUUAUACAUUGGAGUUGGUGAAGCAACGGAACGAGUCCUAGGAAUGCUCUGGAAGCCAACUAUGGAUGAGCUCUGCUUCUCUACACGAAUGAGCGACGAGGUACGAGCUCUAAUCGAAAAGGGUGACGUGCCAACCAAACGACAGGUACUUCGCUGCGUGAUGACGCUGUUUGAUCCGCUCGGACUGCUUGCGCCGUUUCUCAUACACGGUAAGGUCCUGAUUCAGGAUUUGUGGCGCGCAGGAACAGAUUGGGAUGAAGCUAUUGGAGACGUGUCCUACGACCGUUGGAGAAAAUGGGUGGAAAUGAUUGAGUUCGUGUCUACAAUAAGAAUCCCGAGAUGCUACUUUCCUCGAGCAAACGAACAAACCUACAAACGGGGCCAACUGCACGUCUUCGUAGAUCCGAGUCCAACGGCGUACUCCUGUGCCGUUUACCUUCGUGUCAAGGAUGAAAAGGGAGUUAUACGCUGCUCCCUGGUAUCUGGGAAAGCUAAGGUUGCCCCUCUUAACGUUGCCCCUCUUAAGCCUAUGUCUAUCCCAAGACUUGAGCUUCAAGCUUGUGUUCUUGGAACACGUAUGCUAAAAUUUGUGCAGGAAAAUCACACAAUAAGUGUUGGAAGGCGGAUUCUGUGGACCGAUUCCACUACAGCCUGGCACUGGAUACGAUCGGAUCCCCGUAAUUUCAAGCCAUUCGUAGAUCACCGUGUGGGAGAAAUACUGGAGAACACGAAUGCUACGGAAUGGAGGUGGAUACGGUCACGCUUCAACUCGACUGACGAAGCAACCAAAUGGGGAUGUGGCCCAUACUUUUCAGAAGAGAGCCAAUGGUUCGACGGGCCGAAAUUCUUACUGAAAUCCGAGUGUGAUUGGCCAUGCUCUACACCACCUUCUGUGAACAUCCCAGAAGAAAUUCGACCAUCUGUGCUGCAUCACGCUACAGUCGAGCGUAUUAUAGAUUUUGAGAGGUUUUCAUCUUGGGAUCGAUUGAAUCGUGCCGUUGCCUACAUUUUACGCUUUUCGCAUAACGCCGUUAAGAAACAUCCGAGAAGAAGUGGUCAACUGAUGCAGAACGAACUUCGUGCAGCAGAAACUAUCAUCUUGAAACUCGUUCAAUGGGAGUCGUAUGCGGAUGAGAGAAGUAUUCUUGAACGAAAUGAAGACAAGCCGAUUAACGAAAGGAAGCCGUUGGACAAAAGCAAUGGGAUAUACGAAUUAGUUCCAAUAAUCGACGAGAAUGGAUUGUCACGCCAGUAUUGGAGAAUUGGGGCUGCGAGAGACAUCAGUUAUGACAUGCGCCAUCCAGUGAUUUUGCCCAAAGAUCACUGGGUAACUAGACUGAUAGUUGAGAAGUACCACCGUAAAUAUCGACAUGCUAACCCGGAAACUGUCGUGAAUGAGAUACGUCAAGUCUACAGUAUAUCCAAACUUCGUUCUCUUGUCAAGAAUCUAUCACGAGCUUGUAUGAUGUGUAAGCUACGCAAGGCUCGUCCGAAUAUUCUGCCUAUGGCUCCAUUACCACCAGCGCGUUUAGCCGUGCGCGUUCGCCCGUUCAGUUACGUGGGAGUGGACUACUUUGGGCCUCUGCUAGUGAAAGUCGGAAGAGCCAGCGUCAAAAGGUGGAUUGCAUUGUUUACGUGCCUUACAGUACGUGCGGUACACUUGGAGGUAGCGUACAGUCUGUCGACAUCUUCAUGUGUUUCAUGUGUGCGGCGCUUCGUAGGGCGACGUGGUUCGCCAGUGGAGUUCAUCAGUGAUAAUGGGACCAACUUCCAAGGAGCUGAACGUUUGCUGGGGGAACAAAUAAAGCAGGGACUGUCGGCAACGUUUACAAAUUCAUCGACAAAGUGGACUUUUAUACCGCCCGGUGCCCCACACAUGGGAGGCGCAUGGGAACGGCUUGUGCAGUCCGUCAAGAGAGCCAUGAUGGAUGCGUACGCUGAGGGGAAGUUGGAUGAUGAGGGUUUACAAACGUUGGUUGUGGUAGCGGAAAGCAUUGUGAACUCAAGGCCUCUGACCUACCUGCCUCUGGAUUCUGCUGAGUCAGAGGCGUUGACAUCGAACCAUUUUUUGAUGGGAAGUUCGAGUGGCGCCAAUCUACCGGAUACAGCACCGGAUCCACAUCAACUGCCUUUGCAAGAUAUGUGGAAUCAAAUACAGCAAAAAUUGGAUCGGUUCUGGUAUCGCUGGAUCGUGGAGUAUCUGCCAGUGAUACGGAGACAACCGAAGUGGUUUAUCGAGGUUCGACCAAUACAAGUAGGGGACUUGGUGCUGGUAGUCAACGGUAAUGAACGUAAUUGCUGGAUACGAGGACGCGUAAUUGAAACCAUUGUCGGAACCGAUGGCCGAGUUCGGCAAGCCAAGGUACAAACCACAGGAAGCAUUCUUCGUCGACCAGUGUCAAAGCUGUCGUUGUUGGAUGUGGAUUCAAGUAGUGCAGUCUUGGUGGAUCGCAAGAUGCACCCGGGGGAGGAUGUUGCCGCAGUAGCAAUGGACUUGGCAACCCGGGCAAACAAUGAACAUACCGAGAUAACACCGAUAGCUACGGUGUAA